AUGUAUGGUGUUGGAUCUACAAUGCAGGACCACUUAAUUAACGAGCCUUACAACGAAACAGCAGCAGCACAUACUGGAUCGGAUGAAUACAAGGUUAUUUGCAAGCAUCAAUGGAAUGGUAUUGGGAACACCUCAAGGCUCUCGUUCGGCGAUUACUAUUAUCACAUCAGCACGUCAAAGGAUGGAGUGUACUGUCUUAAGGGGGAAGGCCAUGUUGUGGUACGCGGAUAUUACGUUGGGCUCACGGUGCGACUUCAGUUUAAAAAUGCACCCUCUGACCUUUCGUGGAGAACAAAGUAUAUGCUUCCCAUCAUUGCACUGCUAUACUUUACUCGACUUGAAGACGAUGGGUUGUCUUCUUGGCAACAUGGCUGGACCCACGGCUAG